UGCCAAUCAGAUCGUACCCUUUCUGUGUGCUUUCUUGUCAACUUUGGCGUCAACUGGUUGGCGGUGAUUGCAAGGCUUGCAUCUCGAUGACUUACGAGCUUUUGAGAUCUCCAUGGAAGGUCUAACGUUUUCCAUGUGCGUGCUAGUUGGCGGAACAUGAUUGUCGUUGGCAAACUCGGUCCAUGUCGUCCUUCCAGUUGGUUUAAAUAAAUGUGACACGUGUGAUUUGAACACCGUCAGCCCUCCGCCUUCCGGCAGCUCCUCCAAGUUCUUGGCAAUUACCUCUUAGACCUGCCUAGCCUUAGUCACCUCCGGAUAUCACAAUAUCUGCCUGCUAACGUAGAGGCAUUCGGAGAUUUUUUUGCCGGGUCACACAUUUCCAACACACAAGAAGUCUUGCUCACCUCUGGUCAUCGUCACAUAUCAACAGUCGUAAAUGGGGUUGUCGUCUGUGCUACCAGCGACGCUGGCUAGCGUUCCCCACUGCCAACAGCUAUCAAGCUGGGACUGUGGUUUGGCCUGUGUAAGCAUGGUCCUCUCUGCGCUUGGGCAGAAGCAUUCGUUGAUGGAUCUGAGAAAGGAGUGUCCUCUGGAAUCUGUUUGGACGAUUGAUUUGGCAUAUAUACUGAGGAGGUUUAGCGUGGAGGAUUUCACAUAUUAUACCUCAUAUAUUGGAGUCAACUGGCAAUACUCCUCAAAGGAAUUUUACCGUGAUACCUGGACACUGGACCGACGACGGGUUCAAUCAUUGUUUGCUGCUGCACAUGACAAUCGAGUCCGAGUUGUUGGUCUGACAUUAGCACUCGACGAUAUACGACGAUUCCUCUUGUCAACAGUAUAUGCUGUGAUUAUGCUGGUGGAUCUACGGCUUCUACGAUGUCGAAAAUGUAAGAGCAAGUCAAAAUGGUCUUGGUGCCGAGAUUCUGGAGAAAGCGUAGUUGUAGGAGGGAAUAAAAUGGAGGAAAGCAUUCCAUUUAGACCAGGCGAAGGAAGGUCCGGGGUUGCAGCGCGCUCGUCACCAAGUUCGCCUCCAUCGACAUCCCGUUCCCUUUUCCUUACGACGUUCUCAUGCUUUGCAUGGUGCGGACAAAAGUCUUACGCCAUGCUCGGUGCAUCAGAUGAUUUCAUCGGACAUUAUAUUGUUCUCAUCGGCUAUGAUUCCGAUCAUGAUUUUUUCUAUUAUCGUGAUCCAGGAACGGAGUCUGACUUGUGCAUGAUAGAGGGGGAUGACCUGGAAAGUGCUCGGAUGAAUAGUGGCACAGAUCAUGACCUCGUCGUUGUCCGAGUUCGAUAGCAUUUGUGGGUUAGGUCACAUGAUCAGAUGGGCAUUGGGCUUUGGUUCGUUUGUAUAUUUGGUGGUCUUUGUAUUGUUUUUCUGAUGUUGGCCGCCUUCAACACCGCACUGUUGCCAAACAUCUUUAUAUGACACCAUACUUGUACUUUAGAAGUAUUUAUUGAGCACAGAAAAAGAACUUCAUUAACAGAACAGCUACAUAUAAAACAA